UAAAUGUCAGGAAUUUGGUUUGGUGGUUGAAUAUCCUGAAAGAGGAAAGAAGAGGAUCUCUCCUUAUGAAUGGAUAUAUCGAUCUACGUUUACCGUCAUGCAUGCAGCCGGGCCUCUAGCCUGUGCUUUGUACACCCCAGCCAUUGAGCCAGUGUGCAUCCAGUAGGUGGAGGCUCUUCCUCCCUCUAGCCUCCGUUUCUUCCCCUGCUGCCCCCAUCAGCCCCAGAGUUCCCUAUGUUAACCCUCUUGAGCAUGUUUUACUAUAUCUGUCUGCGGCGACGCUCCAGGAGUGGGACUCGUGGAGAGGCGCUGACCAGUCGAAGGGCUGUGGAAUCCGGCCAGCGGGCGGUGUUGCCGGUCAGUGUGGAGGUGGAGCAGUAUGCCAAGGAGGUUUCGGACUUCAGCUCCCACUAUGGCAGUGAGAACAGCAUGUCCUACACCAUGUGGAAUCUGGCUGGGGUACCUAACGUCUACCCCAGCUCCGGGGAUUUCACCCAGACGGCUGUUUUCAGAGCUUAUGGGAAGUGGUGGGAACAAUGCGCCAGUGCCCCACCUCCUUUCCGCCGCACUCCCAAAGGCUUCCACAGCCAGGAUUAUAUUGAGCUGUGCUUCGAGGAGCCUGUCUACCCUACAGCAGUGGAGGUACUUGAGACUUAUUACCCUGGAGCCAUCGUCCAGAUCAUGGCCUGCUCACACAACCCCUUCUCCCAGAAUCCAGCAACUGAUGUCAGGUGGGAGGUGCUGUGGUCAGGGGAGCCUACCAAGGUGCUGACACCCCAGGCACGCCAGUUUUCACCCAACAUCAAGCACAUCAACUUCCCCACUAACCUGCUGCGUCUGGAGGUCAACAGCUCUCUGCUGGACUACUACACUGAGCUGGAUGCUGUCAUCCUGCGUGGGGUGAAAGAAAGGCCCAUGCUGGCGCUCUAUAAGAUGCCCGUCAUCGAUAUUAGCGACCUGAGCGACAGCGAGGAGGAGCUUUCUGAUGUCGGAGGUCCGUUCAGACAAGGAGACAGCAAGCAGAGGACAGGAAACGGCUACUUUGACAAACUGCCCUAUGAGCUCAUCCAGCUGAUACUGAGCCACCUGACCCUGCCAGACCUCUGCCGUCUGGCCCAGAGCUGCAAGCUGCUGCACCAGCACUGCUGCGACCCGCUGCAGUACACCCAGCUGAGUCUGCAGCCCUACUGGGCCCGGCUGAGUGACGCCUCCUUGGGACACCUGCAGAGUCGCUGCACUCUCCUCCAGAGGCUCAACCUGUCCUGGACGGGCAACCGCGGAGCUCUCACCCUGACCGGUUUCAGCAGCUUCAUGAAGACCUGUGGACUCAGCUUGGUCUGCCUGGAGCUGUCUUGCUGCCACUUCCUGAACGAGGCGUGCCUGGAGGUCAUCUCCCAGACCUGUCCGGGCCUGCAGGAGCUCAACCUGUCCUCCUGCGACCGCCUCCACCCACAGGCCUUCGUGCACAUCUCCAAACUAACACGCCUCCGUAGGCUGGUGCUCUACCGUACCAAGAUAGAGCAAACAUCUAUUCUAAGCAUUCUGACUUUCUGCAUAGAGCUGAGACACCUCAACCUAGGGAGCUGCGUGAGGAUUGAGGACUAUGACGUCGUGGCUAGUAUGCUGGCUGCUCGCUGCCGCUCACUGCGCUCACUGGACCUGUGGCGCUGCAGAAACCUGACAGAUCGAGGCCUGGCUGAACUCGUCUCCGGCUGCAGAAUGCUGGAGGAGCUGGACCUGGGCUGGUGUCCCACACUGCAGAGCAGCGCUGGUUGUUUCCAGCACCUCGCCCGCAGCCUGCCGCGCCUGAGAAAGCUCUUCCUCACUGCCAACCGUACUGUCUGUGACUCAGACGUAGAAGAGUUGGCUGCAAACUGUCCAUCACUACAGCACCUCGACAUACUGGGUACACGGCUGGUGAGCGCUGCUUCGCUGAAGAAACUCCUCCAAUCGUGUCCGCGGCUUCUCCUCCUGGACGUCUCCUUCUGCUCCCAGAUAGACAUGCGUGUCGUCCAAGAGCUCUCAGGCCUCUUCCCCAACGUGGCCAUCAAGAAGAGUUUCACUCACUGACCUGGGCAUCGUCUCAUUUCUCACUGUCCUGAGAGAGUCGGUGGAGGGAGGUGCUCGCCAGCAGACACUGCCCCGAAGGCGGCAGAGCGGCAGGUCAGAUUGCUGGAGAAGAUUGCAGAACUGCCCGCAGCUGCGUCACAGACAAGAUCUUCUUUUAGCAGUCAGUAAAUAAAGCAGUGGGACUGGGUGAGGAGGUUCUUUGGAUUAACAGGCUGAACACAAACAACCACAGACUCCCAGUCACAGGAUUAUAGAACGUGAGAGUUUGUUUUUUUUUGUUGUUAUUUUUUUUUGGACACUUUAAAAAAUCAGGGUCGUUGCAGUAAAUCUGCUACAUCUUCCCAGAAUAUGAAUCACCACUUACAUAUUGCCAAGCAGCACAAGGCCAGGAAAUCUGCCUUGUUACUGGAUGCAAGACACAAAACAAAGCUAGAUUUGUGAGCAAUCCUCCCCUGUUAGGAUGAUAAAAAAAAGGGACACAAAAAAGAAAGUGUUAAAAUAAACCCUUAUUGGAAACUGCUGGGAAAGAAACAAUAAGAUUUGGUAGUUACUUACUAAUGGCUUGUUAUUUAAUUAAAGAUCAGGGCCUUGGUCAGUGCCUUGUCAGAAUGUGCAGUAAUCAUUUGCUGUUUUGAUGAAGAUCAGACAUGCUGUCAGAGCUCUAAGGUGUUAUUCCAUUCUGAGGGAAACAUCAACAUCAAGCCAGUUUGAUUCAGUCCAAAUAAAUCAUACAUGAUAGUUUUGUGUUCAAAGGCAUUGAGAGUGAAAGUAAAGGAGAGAAUGCAGCCUUAUUUCUCACAGUUUACCAUGGAUUGUGUCAGCUCAAACCUUAAAGGCAUACUAUGCAGGAUUGGUCCAUAGGUGUAUGUAAACUCAUUAUUCAAAGUUGGCCCCUCCUCUCUGGCUCAACCACACCAGAGUGUGUGAGAGAGAGAGAGCAGUGGUGGUCGAGGGAGCUAGAGAGUGAAUGAAGACAGGGAGCAUCACU